UAUUAAUGGUAGCAGCGUGCCUGUCUCUGGGAUCUGUGUUUAGCGUCUUCGUUUCUUAAACAGGACGGGGGCCACGGCAAGGCAAUUUGGCAGCUCUGUGUUCCAGCUGCAUUGUGUCUGCCGCUGAGAGGCAGAGAGUGUGAGAGGGGAUGAGCAUGGCAGAACAAGAAGCCAGUGGCUUGCAGCUCCUUCUCUCCAGCCUCCAGAGCUCCCGUGACAAGGAUGUGAUCCUCAACAUUCUCAGCAUUCUCACAGACCUGCUGUCUAUUGGAACAGACCGACGAAUUCACUACAUGAUCAGCAAAGGGGGGAGUGAAGCUUUGUUGCAGGCUCUGAUGAAUGCUGCACAGACAGCCCAGCCAGACUACAGCAUCCUUUUACCUCUGCUUCGCCUGCUGGCUAAAGUAGGCCAAAGAGACAGGAAGUUUGGGUUGAAAGUGCAGAAACUGGAGGCAAUUGAUGUGACACUGAGCAUGGCAAGGAAAAAUCUGACUCACCACCUGAAUCUCAUCCACUGUCUCUGGGUCCUGCGGGUUUACGCCUCUAGUGUCUCUGCAGGAACCAAACUAGGCAUUAAUGGCGCCAUGGAGCUGCUUUUCAAAGUCAUCACUCCUUACACCAAGAAACACUCCAGGACAGUCAGGGCUGCCAUUGAGGUUCUUGCAGCUUUGCUGAAAUCAAAGUCUAACAGCCGACGGGCGGUCAACAGAGGCUACCUGUGUGAACUGCUCAGGCUGUACCAGGACUGGCACCGCUGCGACGCCUCCAAUAGGUACAUCCACGUCCGCAGGGGUCUCCUGCUCUGCCUCAAACACAUCACCAACAUCCAGUCUGCCAGGGAGACUUUCCUCAGUGCCCGUGGCAUGGAGAUCCUCUUCACCACUGCACAGCACUCCACCACAAAGCAUGACUGUGAAGAUGAUGGUGAGGAAGAGGUGGAAAAAGACCUAGAUAAUGAGGACCUAGAGCAUAAAGAGGAAGACGAUGAUUUGGAGACAGAUGUGAACAAACUGAGCUCAAAGCCAGGUCUUGACAGGCCAGAGGAGGAGCUUGAGCAGUAUGAGGCAAUGUGUCCUGAACUUUCUCUUACUUUCCAGGAGCUGGAAACAGGGUCUGAAGAUGAGAAGGGCUCUGAGGACAUGCUUGGGAGCCUGCCAGGCGCUCACCCCCCAGUCAUUCCAAAUGCUGCUUUCAUGAAGCAGCAGCGUUGCAGACACCGGGACCAACGUGCCAUGGGGCCAGAGCCAGAGGAAACGGCGUUCAAGACUCCAGUGCAGAGCUGGGCAAAGAAGGAGAAAUGCACUGGGGCUCCAGCCCUUGAAAAGCGAGCGAUGGGAGAAUCAGUCCGAGAUGCAGAUGCUCUUGGUGAAAGAGAAGAUCCAUGCAGGAGCCAUGCACCCACUCUGCAUCCUCCCCUAAAAGAAGCCUCCUGGGACACAAGAACAUUUCACACUCACUGUGCGAGCUGCUUCGGUCCCAGCUCUGUGGGGGGAGUGGGAGCCUCAAACACAGUAACAAAGCUUCUGGAGAGACACCAAGGGGAUAUCCCAUUCCACAGCCCCCACUUCUACAUGGCCAGGGCUGGAAGCACCAAGUCCAUUCCGGACUAUAGGGUCUUGGCGUUCCCUGAUUUUUGGGGCCACCAGCCCCCUCCUUAUUACCAGUCCCUGCUGGAACGGAAAUAUGGAGUUCAAAGGGCCAAAAUAUUUGAGGAUGUUCGCCGUCUAAUCCAGCCAGGUGAUGUGAUAGACAGAGUUGUCUUUGAUUUAGAUGGGCGCAGCCCCUCAAGCACAGAUGCUCCUCCAGACUGCCUCAGAUUCUACUCCAAGUUUGAAUCAGGAAACCUCCGCAAAGCCACCCAAGUGCGCAAAUUUGAGUAUGAUUUGAUUAUGAACACCGAUGUGAACACGGUCCAGCACCACCAGUGGUUUUACUUUGAAGUCAGCACCAUGAAACCAGCCAUUCCCUACCGCUUUAACAUCAUCAACUGCGAGAAGGUCAACAGCCAGUUUAAUUACGGCAUGCAACCGGUCAUGUAUUCAGUGAAGGAAGCUCUCCAAGGCAGGCCUCACUGGAUUCGGGUGGGCUCUGAUAUCUGUUACUACAAAAACCAUUACCGCCGUAGUGCAGCCGCAGCGGGAGGCUCACAAGGAAAAUCCUACUACACGCUCACCUUCACCGUCACGUUCCCUCAUGGGGAGGAUGUCUGCUACCUGGCCUACCAUUACCCCUACACUUACUCUGCACUGAUGUCCCACCUUGACAUCCUGGAAGAAACCAGGAACCCCAAGAAGGUCUACUACAGGCAGCAGACACUGUGCCAGACUCUGGGAGGAAACCCAUGCCCACUGCUCACCAUCACUGCUAUGCCAGAGUCUAAAAGUCGUGAUGACCUGGAGCAGUUUCGCAAUCGUCCCUAUGUGGUGCUCAUGGCACGUGUUCACCCUGGGGAGAGCAAUGCCAGCUGGGUAAUGAAGGGGACCGUGGAGUUCCUCGUGAGCAAUGACCCCAUUGCUGAGCUCCUGAGGAAAUGUUUCAUUUUCAAAAUCAUCCCCAUGCUCAAUCCAGAUGGAGUCAUCAAUGGCAACCACCGGUGUUCCUUGAGCGGGGAUGACCUGAAUAGACAGUGGCUGGCUCCCAGCUGCCAGCUCCAUCCAACCAUUUACCACACCAAGGGCCUCCUCUACUACCUGUGCAGCGUUGGCCGGGCUCCACUGGUAUUCUGCGACUAUCACGGCCACUCCCAGAAGAAGAACGUGUUCCUCUAUGGCUGCAGCAUCAAGGAAACCUUGUGGCAGGCAGGCUGCACUGUCGACACAGCAGUUGUCACAGAAGAUGUUGGCUACAGGACCCUCCCAAAAAUCCUGGAUAAAGUGGCCCCUGCAUUUGUCAUGAGCAGCUGUAGCUUCCUGGUGGAGAAGUCACGUGAAUCGACAGCCCGGGUAGUAGUGUGGCGAGAGAUUGGUGUGUUGAGGAGCUACACGAUGGAGAACACCUACUGUGGCUGUAGCCAUGGGCUCUACAAGGGCCUGCAGAUUGGAACACGAGAGCUGGAGGAAAUGGGAGCCAAGUUCUGCCUGGGACUCCUCAUCCUGCAGCUCAAAUCCUUGCCCUGCAGCAAGAAGCUGAUGGCUCAGGCAGCAGCCCUGCUGGAUCCGGAGGAGGAGAUUGCAGACCGUUGGGCACAAAGGAGCAGCAGCACCAACAGCCUGGAGAUUGAUGAUGAACCUCCUUGUGGGGAAGAUAUUGAUUACAAUACUGACAGCUGCUCUGACCAGGAAGGGGACUUCUCUGAGCUAGACGAAGAGAUCCGGGAGAUCUCCCUGAGGGCAGAAGGAGAGGUGGAAGAGGAGGGGGCCAGCGAGGGACAGACAUGCAGCUCCAGCGUUCUUGGAGGGUUUUACAUUUCCAGCCACCAAACAACCAAUAGCAAAGCUCUCCCAUUACCAUCAACGUCACUCAGCGUGUUUGCUGGGUUUGAAAGCAGCCCUGCGUGAACAGAGCUUUGACUUACCGAGCAAUAAGCAAAUGGGUCACUGCUCCUCUUUACCCGUUUGCCGGCUUCAGCUUUGUUCCCAGAUGUGUUGCCCCAGUUCUGCAUGGAAAACUGACUUUAUGGAAAAUAUAUAGAGAGAGAAAGGUUCCCUACCCUGUGCAUACAGGGAGGGGUGAGCAGUCACUUGUCCAUAUGGUGCAAUGUGAAUACUUAGGGCAUUCUUAUACAUCGUCACCAGUGCAAUCACUUUCUCUAAUUUAGUUGUCGUGGCUUCAUGCAGAUUGUCAUGAUGGUUGAUCUUUUGAGUGCCUAAGGUAUGGGAGAAGAGUCCUUCACCCCAAUUCCUUUCCUUACUCUUGUGACUUAGAAAAUCUCAGAAGAUCUUUUUCUGAAGAUUUUUGGCCAGAGUUGAGAUAUUUGUUUCAUUUUAUUGCUCUGAGGUUUUGCUGCAUGUAUCUGAAUUCUAGGGGCCUGAUCCAAAGAUUACCAUUGACGUUAAUGGGCUUUGGAUCAGGCCCUGUGUGCUUAACAACUAGCCAUAUUCCAACAUACCUGGAGAACCCACCACCACCACCUACAAUAGUAACCAAUCCAACCAAUAAUUAGAAUGGAGCAGAUUCAGAACCUCAGGCAACUCUCUGAUUGGGAACCCACCAGGCAUGCUGCA